CUCCCCCCGUCUUUUCUUGGCUCUCCGGCCUCGUUCGCUCUCCCCCCCUUCGAUCAACGAAAUCUCUCGUCCCUCUUUCGUUCGAAAGCUUGCUUGCUCCAUCCCAAGCCCCAACUCUCUCGUCCCUUCUGUUACCUCAGGCAUUCCUCCCUCACUUCACUGGGGCCCUGUCUGCUGGGUUGCCACCACCUCAAAAGGUGCUGCUUCGCCAUGAACUAACCAACUCCUAGAUUUCAGGAUUCCUCUUAUUACGCCCCGGGGCCCUUUGGCCUUCACAUACACUUUACACCACUCCACCCAAAUCACAACUCGUCUCACACACGCACCCGACUUUUUGUUUUACAGUUAAUCUUACUCUUUAGAGAGAGAAGAAACAAAGGCCGCAACGAGGAAGGGUGGAAAGAGAGAGAGAGAGAGAGAGAGAAAAAAGACACCUUGCCCUCACGGGAUCCUCCCGUCUGUUGCCCGGUGACAAUUUCACCAUGGCGCAUGCCCAGGAUUCCCAAGAGCCCCAUAAACGGAAACGGGACGCAGACGACGGAGGCGCUCAGCCAGCUCACUCUGAUCGCAUUCCCCAGCCUCCUCCGCCUCAGUCAGGCAAUGCAUCCAUCAUCAAUUACCUAUCCAAAGCCAGUACUGGCAGACUCCAGCUCAUUCAGGGAGAGCCUGACACUUUCUCGGACGUGCUUGGUUUAUUAAAUCAGUACGAAGGAGUCCUCAAUAGACAUGAGAGUCUCGCGGCCAACUUGGGCGCCAAGCUCACCGGGCCCCGUCUUCUAAAAGCCAUGGAGGGAGCUUUCGAGGGCCCCAUCAUCACCAACCCACCGCCUCAAUAUGGCGCGGCACCCGUCAGCUGGCUUGAUAUUGUCACAUUUGCCAAGACAAAUCCCGAGAAGUUCGUUCUGACCACCGGACAUGACGGCGAGCGCACAUGCCAGUUCUACUUGAACGGCAUCCAGACCCAGAUCCUGGAAGAUGACUGGCGGCUCAUCAUCAACGGUGCCUUGGACAGGUUCUCAGUCGUGUCCACGGCUCCCCUCGAAGAGGAUGAGACGGCUGAGGUUGCGACACUGGAAAUCGUGGAGCAGCGACUACAGGUUCUCAUCAAAAAGGCCGAUGAGAUCGCUAAAAGGGCACGACAGCUCAACUACCACUUGAGCGGCCGCAGAGCCGGAAUCAACUCGCGCCACGGCGGGCAGCAAGGAAGCAGCUCGGCUUUUCAGUCAGUCAACCACUCCAGAGGCCACGUUGCCCACGGAGCCGGAUACGACCUGCACGCAGACCUGCUCCAGCAGUUUCUGUCAUCUUCCCAAUCCUACCCCCCUCGGGUGCCCUCCAGCGCCGGCCUCGAGCAGGCUCAUUCGACGGGCCAACACACACCGCCCGCGACAAAUCCUCACCCGCACUCACUACCCCUACAGGGGCGCCCAGUCGUCGUGCAUGCGCCGCCCGUCAUGCCACAGAGAGAUCCGUCGUAUGACCCGUCGUCGCCGCACCGGGCUAUCAUCACCGCAAGGAUAGAAAAGUUGAACAAAGGAGACCACAUCUGGCCGCCGUGCGACCGCUGCCGCAGGCUCAAGUCGCCGUGCAUCAAGCACCUGACGGCCUGCCAGGGCUGCACGAAGAAGCACGCCAAGUGCGGGUGGAGAACGAUUACCGAAGAAGAGAUAGUCUGGCUGAAUCGCGAGGCCAGCAGCAGCGCCGACGAAGCGCCGCACGUGGAACCGAGCCCGGUCCAACCGGCACCGGUGAGGAGAUUACAAUAUGACCCGACACAGGACGACGGUCGAUCCCGUGACGGCCGGUCCCAUGAGCCGCCGCCGCCGCAGACGCACCCGCCAACGUCAUCGUCCGCGAAUCUUAUGCCAGGAGGAGACUUAUCUCGGCCGGCUAGCAGAGGCCAGCAGGACCAUCGCCAACGGUCACCUUUAGACCCUGGAUCUCGAAGCAGGACGAGCAGCUUCAUGGACGUGGAGCAUGAACCACCCCCUCCGAUGAACCACAAGCCGUGGAUGCCGGAGCCACACCCGCACCGCGGGGAGCAGCAGAAGCAUCCAAACCAAUUGCCCAGCCUGAAGAACGACCAUAUGCUGCUCAGCCACAUGGCAUCGGCUGCGACUGCAGCAGCCGAUGCGCGGGAUGCUACCUCGACGCCCGCAAGCAGCAUGGUUGGGCGAUGAGCCAGCAGACGACACCAUUUGCGGCAGAAGACUUAUUUACCCAUGGAACGGCCCGCCUUAGCAACAACACCAUACUCUUAUUAAAGAGGGAAUAGGAGGGGCAACAGGAAUUCGAAAAGAGCGUAUCGAGUGUGUGUGUGUGUGUGUGUGUGUGUGUGUGUGUGUUUGUGUGUGCAAUGUGUGUAGUGCGUAUAGUGCGUAUGUGCGAGUGCAUUGCGAGGUGCGGCCUAGGAAACAAAAGCAAAAAUUCAGAUAAAUUCAUAAUGAUAUAAAGUAAGCUCACUUUCAAGUUGGCGC